UGUAUUUUUCAGGACGGUCAGCGUGGUCAUUUAGAGGGUCUUGCAUCAGUGUAUUGUGAAUUGUUAAUGGCUCCCUUUGGGGAUAUUUUAAGUGCUUUAGAAAACGCUCGGCAAGCGGCGUGGGCGGAACGAAGUCCCAUGAAUCCGGCCGGUGGCAGUGGGAGUAGCGGUAGUGGCAGUGGCGUGAGUGGCAUAGGUGGCCCCAGCGUCAGCACACACCACCGGCAUCACGGUCAUCGAGGCCAUUCGAGCCAAGGUGGCCUACCAAAUAGUCAUAGUCAGCCAAUUUAUGUGCCAGGAAAAUAUUCGCCUUCGAGUUGUCUGUCGGACAAGGAGGAGGACGAGAUCUACGGGUUCGGUUACGGUGUAUUUGCGCCGCGUGUUGCACGUGGCGGCCUCACCCAGCAGCAGCAUUUACUGCAACAACAUACGUUGCAGCAACAACAACAGGCCCAAGCACAACAACAGCAACAGCAAUUACCAUUAGUGCCAGGUAGCCAACAACAUUUGCAACAGCAGCAACAUCAGGCGCUGCAAACUCAUCAAACUCUCCCGCCAAACGUAGCACACUUGAAUUUUCUGCAGCAAAAUUGCUUAAGUCCAAGAUCAGCGUAUUUCUACGAAUUUCCACCUAAUGCAGAAGGUCGCGAGACCAAAAAACGUACCACCUUAGCGAGACUUUUGAAAGGUCUGAAAACAGUAAAUCGACGAGAUCGAAACAAUCAGCAAACUGCCGCACAAGUAAGGGCGGCGAAUGAACGACUGAGACAUUUUCAAACAAUGAAUGGUGGACAGCACCAAAGUUUUGAAGAGACAAUCCAUAGGGUAAGUUUUACGAUUUUUACAGUACACAUCCAUAUAUAUGUUAUAUAUGGUGGAUUUCCACCAGGCAUUAAAUGGGAAAAAUUUUAA